AUGCCAGCAGGAGUGACGGGCUGCCCUGCCGACAUGGACUGCAGCAACUACUUCUGCAUUUCUUCGGCCAUGAGCAAGAACUGGAAGAAGGUGGACAAGACUGGCUACGCAAACCUGCAGACGUGCAGCAGCGUGUUCCCGCUCACGACCUUCGACUGCGGCUCCGACACUUGCUACAUGGAGGCAGACAAGUUCUACACGCAGUCCGUCGAGGGCGGCACCAUUCUGGACGAAGGUCUUUUCAGUGGCAUCGGUGACGUUGGCGGAGGCAUCUUGGGCCUGAUCUUCUCUUUGAUCAUCAUUUGCGUCACCCUGUUCUGCUUGGUGAAGCUCUUGCACACUUUGGUCAUGGGCUCAGCCAAGAAGGUCAUCAUGCGCGCGACGAACAUGAACGACUACGUGUCGAGCUCCGUGACUACGAGCACAUUGACCCCACUCUGCGGCGUGGGUGUGUUGCCCGUGCACAAGAUGCUCCCCAUGACCCUUGGUGCAAACAUCGGCACCACCUUCACCUCAAUGCUUGCAGCAUUGGCAGUCAUGAAGCCGGACAGCUUGCAGAUUGCCUUCGUCCACCUCUUCUUCAACAUCAUCGGGAUCCUUAUCUGGUUUCCGGUGCCCUUCAUGCGCAAAGUACCCAUCAAGGCAGCCUGCUUGCUGGGCUUCUACGCCUCCUACUGGCGCAUGGUGCCGCUCAUCUACAUCCUCGUGACUGG